UGGAAUGUUUUGUAUAUUUACCAUUCUAAUGGCUCUUGAUUCUACAGUUCCUGCUGCAGCAACAGGAUUGAUGAACUUCUUUGAGCCUGCUCUUUUGUUUAUUCAGAGGUGGCUGCCCUUGUUUUAUGUUCCUUCUUUGGUGGUUUUGCCUCUUGCCGUUAAAGACAUUCCCGCAACUUCAGGGGUUAAGAUUUGUAUAAUCAUAGUUGGUGGAUGGUUAGCUUCACUUGCAGUUGCAGGUUACACUGCAAUCGCUGUAAGAAAAAUGGUAAAUACAGAAAUGAUACCUGCUGAACCAAUGUCAAAGCCUUCUCCUUUUUCUCAACUGGAGAUUUGGGCUUGGAGUGGGAUUUUUGUUAUAUCGUUUAUUGCAGCUUUUUGGUAUCCAACGGUGCUUGGCACAAGUGCAAGAACAUGCCUUCCUUUUCUACUGGCAUCAACUGUAUUAGGCUAUAUGGUUGGUUCUGGGCUUCCAUCUGGGCUCAAGAAAGUUUUCCAUCCAGUUAUUUGCUGUGCUCUUUCUGCAGAUUUGGCAGCAUUUGCUUUUGGAUACUUUACUCGAAGUGGACUUAAUCCAGUUCUAGGAUAUUAUCUCACAAAGGCAUCCUCUAAUCCUGGAGCUGGUGAUAUUCUUAUGGGAUUUCUAGGAUCGGUUAUCCUUUCCUUUGCCUUCUCAAUGUUCAAACAGAGGAAGCUUGUUAAGAGGCAUGCAGCUGAGAUUUUCACCUCAGUCAUUAUCUCAACUUUGUUUUCUUUGUACUCAACGGCUCUGAUUGGACGACUUCUUGCAUUGGAACCAAGUUUAACUAUAUCAAUACUUCCCAGAUGCAUUACUGUGGCAUUGGCUCUCAGCAUUGUAUCUUUCUUUGAAGGUGCCAAUUCAUCUCUCACAGCUGCAGCUGUUGUAGUUACUGGGCUCAUUGGAGCGAAUUUUGUUCAGACAGUGCUUGAUAACCUUCGCUUCCGUGAUCCUAUUGCUCGAGGAAUUGCAACUGCAUCUAGUGCGCAUGGCUUGGGAACAGCAGCAUUGUCAGCAAAGGAACCUGAGGCUCUUCCAUUUUGUGCCAUUGCAUAUGGACUUACUGGCAUAUUUGGUUCUCUAUUUUGCUCCAUUCCAGCAGUCAGACAAAGCUUGUUAGCAGUAGUUGGCUAAAACAUCCAGCUGCUAGUGGAAUAUGUGAGCAGGGCAUUGCUAUACAUGAUCUGCUUAUCACCUUGAGACAAUUAGAAAAUUCUGAAGACUGGCUAAAAAUUUGGCAAUGUUUUAAUGGAAAUCCAUAAUCCUAUCUGCUUUUUCUUCAACAUAAGUUCUAAAGGGCACAUUUCUGCUGCAUUGGCUUAAUACAGUACUAGCUAAAUUGAGUAGAUGAGUUAGCAUAAUUUGUCAUGUGACAUCUGCCAAGAACUGCAACUAAGGAUGAUUUAGCUGCAAAUGUGGCAGCGCAUAUUUGAUUUAUCACACGGUGCAUCUGCCAUGAAUCACAA